AUGCCCUUGGACAUGGAAUCGGCACCAGAAGGGCACCCAUUACCCUACCCCCUGUCUCUCUCUCUCUCCUUCUUACAGCUUCUUCACAACUUAAGCAUGAUCUUGAACCCACCUCUUCCACUGCCAACGCCUCCGCCAACCGCCACGCCAGCAUCGCCGCUAAACCUGCCAAAUGUCGCCUCGAUUAAUCUUUCUUUCUUUCUACCUUCUUUCUUUUCAAUCUCUCUAUUUGCAUGUUUCCUUUUUUCCCUUAUCUUCCAUCUUUCUCUUUUGUCUCUAAAUUCUUUUCUUUUCUACCUCUCUUCUUUGCUUUCUUGUCUCCCCAUAUUCUUUCUUUCUUUCUUGUUUUCCAUUCUUUCUUUCUUUCUUUCUUUCUUUCUUUCUUUCUUUCUUUCUUGUUUUCCAUUAAUUCUUUCUUUCUUCCUUUCUUUCUUUUUUUCUUUCUUGUUUUCCAUUCUUUCUUUCUUUCUUUCUUGUUUUCCAUUAAUUCUUUCUUUCUUCCUUUCUUUCUUUUUUUCUUUCUUGUUUUCCAUUCUUUCUUUCUUUCUUUCUUGUUUUCCAUUAAUUCUUUCUUUCUUCCUUUCUUUCUUUCUUUCUUUCUUGUUUUCCAUUCUUUCUUUCUUUCUUUCUUUCUUUCUUUCUUUCUUUCUUUCUUGUUUUCCAUUAAUUCUUUCUUUCUUCCUUUCUUUCUUUUUUUCUUUCUUUCUUGUUUUCCUUUCUUUCUUUCUUUUUUCCCUUCUGUCUGUCUUUCUUUCUGUCUUUCUUUCUGUCUUUCUUUCUUUCUUUCUUUUUUCCAUUCUUUCUUUCUUUCUUUCUUUCUUUCUUUCUUUCUUUCUUUCUUUCUUUCUUUCUUGUUUUCCAUUAAUUCUUUCUUUCUUCCUUUCUUUCUUUUUUUCUUUCUUUCUUGUUUUCCUUUCUUUCUUUCUUUUUUCCCUUCUUGACACGCAUAGAGUUGAAGGAGUCGGGGUGACGGCCGGCAUUGCCGACCUGUGA